GACACAAACCAAUUGACCGACAAAGACAUGCCAAAGAUAUGUUUGGCCCUCGCCAGCCAGUGCUGAUCGGCCAUGCAAGUCACACUCGCCGCCAAAGUCAACACUCAAUGCGAGCACAGAAAUUUAAAGUUGGGCAAUCAGUGACGCAGUGGCAGUGGACAAGUGAAGUGAUAGCUGGUUUGAGUAACAAAAAAUUAAAUUCAGCGAAAAAGAAAACAAAAGAAGAAGUGAUUUGAAAAUAAAUUUAAACUUUAAGACGAAUGGAAAAAAGGGAAUUUUGGAAACAUUUGAAAAUGAAAAAUCCUUUAAUUACCCUCAUCUUUAUGGGAUGUCUUCUUAUGGAUAUCUCCCAAAGUGCAGUGAUCGUAAAAAAUCCCAAACUAAAUGAUAUCAGCAAAGGUGAAGAGGGUUUCCUGGAACUGCGCCCCAAUGGCAAUUUAAUUUUGCGCAGCACAUUGGAAAACUCUCCGAACACGCUACAGCAGGCACUACUCUUCCAGAGUAUUUUGAAUGCAAUUCGUGCAGUACCUGGCAAUACUCUCAACGAGUUGAAUGUCAAGAUUUAUGGCGAAGGGGUUGAACAUAAAUUUCCACCAUUUCUGGAGCGGGUCAUUCAACGUAUACAGACGUAUUUUUCCGUUUACAAAUAUACCGAUACCACCGAACCCAUGCGGGAUAAAUAUAAACCCCUAAAUGAUUCGCAUUAUGAAGAAAUCGAUGUGACACUGAGUAGUGACAAUGUUGAGUUGGUUAAAAACAAAACCGGCAAACCAUUGGCGGAGACAACCGCCAUGACAUCGGCAACAGCAGCAGUAGCAACAACAACGACAGUAGGAGCAACAGCUGCAGUAACUACAAUGGCAAGUGCAGCAACAACCUCGACCAUCAGCAAUGAUAGGCUGACCACAACACCAUUGCCGGAUCAAUCCAUCGUUGACGAUGAAGAAAAUGAAUUUAUCGAAAUUAAAAAACUCAAAGAGUCCAAAAAGAAAAUCAUAAAAGAAAAUCCAAUUUAACGUGACUUUUACUUUUCCCAUCGUUUUCUGUGGUUUCUUUUAAGAGUUUUUUUUUCUGUUUGAUUUUUGUUGAUUGAUAUUUUGUAUUUAAGUGAUAUUUAUUUUUUUUGUUUUUAUCAAAUAUACUCUGUAUGUGUGUAUGUACCACGCCAUGAGUUAUGACCGCUAAUAAGUAAAUAAAAACUGAGAUUAUAACAUGUAUUU